CUGCGCCGCGCUCAGCCGGCGUCGGACUCUCUUGCGGCGGCGCGAGGCAUUAGAGCGCGCGCUUCUCCGGGCACCUCGUGCUCGCCCCGCUGUUGGUGAUUUGUGUUUUGUGUGCGCCACUUGUCUUCGCCCUUCCCCGUGGUGGUGGUUCGGGAUAGAAGGGAGCCACGUCAUUUGACGCUGAGUCACGUCAUUCGGCGCGGAGUCAAGUCAUCCGUUUCGCAAUCUUUGGUGCGCGCGGCUCGUGGCGUCCGAGUAGUGACGCCGCCCCGAAAAGAAACGCUGCGUCACUCACCGACUCUGACGAUGCUGCGCUAGGAUGUUUCGUUAUUGUUGAUACCGACUGGGAUGAAGUUGCCGCUCUGCUGUUAGCAGGGAGCGAUCGCAUCGGAAACUUCUCGCUUCAAGAACACUUCACCAUCUUCUUUAAAGUGUUGACUCCGCAGGCAUGUGAAGACGACGUCUUGGCGUAUCUGUUGUCUACACAUUUCUCGCCUGGAAUUCACCGGGAAAGGAAACCGACAUGAGGAAGCGUCAGCGCUGCCGGUGCUGCCUAGUGCCGCACUUAACCACCCCUAUCGGCGGCUGAGCAACUGGACGGCAUGAGGCGAGGAUUUUUCAGAAUGGGGGUGCAGCAGCACCCGUGCUCGGCUGCGCAGCAUUCCCGAUGGUGCUGGCGCUGGCUGUCGGUGCGGGACCUGCUGCUGCUGCUCUGCUCGUUCGCCAUGCUGUCCGUGUACAUGAGCUACCGGCUGACCAGCCUGCACCUGCAGCCCAACCCGCAGGACACCGCGUCGGGGCUCAGUGAUGCUCUGCAAAGGAAUUCAGCGGACCAUGGAGGAAAUCAGCGCAACCCGAGAGAUGUUCAGCCGGCCAGGUCAACCACGCUCAACAACAGACUGCGCAAGAUGCUCGUCCAGCUGGAAGAGGAACAUCUUCGUCCUCUGCGCGAGUCCAACCGCGUCGUCGUGGUCCGUGGUCACAAGGCGGCCAUCAGCCGGGACCUGCCGCUCAUCAGCUCGGUCCUGGCCGAGCACGGGUGGCAGCUCAGGGCGCCGCCGUGGUUCCGCCGCUCUCCAGCGUCUCCGUUGGUGCCAAGCACUGGCGGCGGCAGUGGUGCUCCGGCAAAUUCCGUCUCCGGACUUGCACCUGCGGCCGCUGCUGCUUCGUCACUGGCUAGGCUUAACAACAAUACGGUCAGCAGCGACGGAGGAAACACGCUGCAGCAGUCAUCCGAGUGGGUGUUGCUUUUGUGCCUGAGCUUCAGUGAUGGAGACAAUGGAGCCUGCGUGGAGACCACCGAGCUGUCGCAAUACCAAGCGGUGAACAAGAUCCCCGGCCUCAAGAACGUGCUCCUCAAGAAAGAUGCUUUCUGCAACACCAUGAAUGAUGCCAGGAAGAUACCAGGCGUGAUGAAGGCUUCGCUAGUUCCCCUGUGCUUCGUGCUUCCGAGCCAGUACCAGCAGUUCGUCAACGUGGCCGACGCCCUGGGUUACUCGGCCCACUGGCUGCUCACCCCGCUCGCCCCCGGAGCCAAGGAGAGCGCCCCCGAGGCGCUGGACAUUUUCACUCCACUGGGAAGAGCUCGCAUCCAGCAAGCUUCGACGCGGCGCGCUGUGGUCCAGCAGGCCCUGUCGGCCCCCUUGCUGGUGCACGGGCAGCCUGUGAGCCUACGCGUGUUCGUGCUCGUCACAUCGCUCUCUCCCCUGCGCGCCUACGUGCACACCGAGGGAAUGGUGCGCCUGAGGAGCUACCGCGCCGGUCCCACCUCCGCGAAGCCUGGCAUGCGGGUGCAGCCCCUGUCUCGCUUCUGGCGAUUCGUGGAGCGCAACUACGGCCGCCAGUCUCUGCAGACAGCACUGGAGAGCCUCUCCGACGUGCUGGUGCGGACGCUGCUCGUGGCCGAGGCCGUGCUCCAGUCAACCCCGGCUGCGCAGGGACUACGCAAGUCCAGGCUUCCCAAGUGCUUCCAGCUGCUUGGCGUGGACCUGACCCUGAACACGUCCUUCCAACCGGUGGUGACCGAGAUGAACGGGCAGCCCAGCUUCUACCGGAGCCCCAGGGCCGAGGACGAGCCAACCAACGGGCUCAAGCAGCGAGUGCUGGCCGACGCCCUGAACCUCUUGUUCGGCGCCCAGCCCGUGGCCGACCAACUGGCCGAAGCUGUCGACGAGGUGUUCGAGAACCUCGGAAUCAUGGGUCUCAGCUGCCAGAUCUCCCACGACCUGUGCCUUAGCCGUGAAGACCUGGUCUUUCUCAUGGAUACGCGACGGGAGUCUAUGCAGACGGGAGGAUUUCAGCAGCUGUAUCCAACGUACAAGAGCGGACAGUACAAAACCUUCAUCGACGAGCUAGAACAGCUUCACAUGGGAACUCUUGAAGCAGGGGGAGCGACCGAAGACAUACAAAGGAGUGGCAGCCAGCACGGUACUGCCGACAUGCACCCGAUUGUGGUGGCGCUGCAGAGGCACUUCAACCGUCACGUGGCCGACGACAACUACUCCGACCUGGAGCCGGAGCCUAGCGACGUUUGGAAAGGGACCAACAGUUCUUCGGCGCAGCAUAAUGAGAAACACGAGGACGACUUCCUCAGCGGAAGUCAGGAUUUCUACGCCUCGAGUCAACCGACCUCGGCGAACGUCACUUGCAGCAAAGAUCCGUCGACGAUGCCGUACCUGGCGCAAAUCGUGACCGAACCGUCGGUGCGCCUGCAGCCGGCUUUCAGGCCGCAGCGGACCGAGUACUUCGCCAACGUCUCGUACGACCUGGUGUUAGUCAAGGUGUGGGGGCUGGCCCAGCACUGCGGCAGCCAAGUGCGCGUGGACGACAAGUACGGCCCAGCCAGGCCGGCGAACUAUACCCUGGGCGUGGGUGAGAACAAGGUCGUGCUGUACGUGAUGGACGGCGGCCAGCCGGACCCCUGGGUGGUCAACGCGUACACGCUGCUCAUCCGUCGCAUGCCUCUCGCAGACGACGCCGUGGUAUUCAGCCCAGCCGCUCAGCACCAAGUGUGCAGCCUCAAGCAGGAGUGCGAAAUGCAAGUCGCACCAGCGGAGCCGUGCGGCCUGUACAGCGAGACCUCUGUGGACUGGCCGAGCUACCUUGAAAAGGCGGCCCGACUACCUGUCUGCAAGGACGGCAGCUCCCAAGGACGCUGGGUGGUGCCUUGUGAGAAGUGUGCCGCCAAGGAGUCCUGCUUCUGGAAGGAGGCCCGCUGGCAGCCCUAUCAGUGCCGAUAUGUGAACCUGCCGCAGAGGACGCUUGCGCGCUGCAUGUCUGGAAAGAAGUUGCUGUUCAUCGGCGACUCGACGAACCGGGGCAUGAUGCACUACGUGAUGGAGCGCCUCAACGGCUCCCUGCAGCACUGGGACAAGACGCACGACCUGCGCGUCUACGCCAACCUGAACCGCGGCGAGACGGCGGUGGCGUUCGCCUACUACCCGCAGUUCUGGCUGCCCACGAGUCAGCGGCCUGUCUUCGACAAGGCGCUCUACCAGCUUAUCGAGAGGUCAAAGCCACUCCAGAACAACUCUAACACUGUCCUCAUCGUGGGCGGCGUCCACUGGCUCGCGACUCAGCACCUUUACAUGCUGGUCAAGGCACUACGUGGGGACCACCUUCAAGGAAUCAAGCUUAUUAUCAAGACUCUUGGAGCCGGAUUCCACCAGCCCGUUGAAGGGAUACACUGUCUGAGCAUGAAGGAACAGAAGAAGCUGAUGAUGCAGAACCUGUGGUUGGCCGAAUUUGCGCGCCACUACAACAUUGACGUCAUCGACACCUUCAACAUUACGGUGGCGCGCUACAAAGACUUCCUGCAAGGAAAAUGCGCUUGUCAUUUCCACAAGGUGGUCCCAGUGCAAGCGCCCAAGAACCGGCCGCCGGGCAAACCGCCGCCAGCGCCUUCGUUCCACGUAGAAGGCAACAUCAACGCCAUCUACAGCGAGAUCCUGCUCAACCGCAUAUGCGCCAAGCACGCCGAGGACAGCUGAUAGGCACACUUGCCACGAAGACUGUUGCUUUGUGCUGUCGGGAUUGUUGGACGCUGAAUCCCGUUCGCUGGAGAAGCAAGGGCGCACCCACUGUUGGCACGCCGCGUUCUGUAACCGACUCUCAGCCCCGUUCCACACUUCUUUAGUGAUUUGUCGUCUGCUGCCAAAGUGUUCGCGAUGACGCCACACCAGCAGAACAAAAACGAGGCUUUCAAGUGCUCGAGAGCCAGCGCAGGUUGCCGUCGACGAUGUUUGUUGUUCCUUUCAUCGUUCGCGAAACGCACAUCUGGAAGCAGUAUGGUUGCACCACUUGACCACAAAUGGUCAGUGGCCGAAUUCGCGAGGCUUAGUAUUCGUAAGAGCUGUUCGAAAUCAGCUUGCUGUUUUGACUAAGUACAUGUUCAUUAUCGUCAUAGGCCGGCUUUCUGUUUUUACAAACCACUCCAACUUACGAAAUGCUUCGUAAAAAUCGGCCCGGAGGCGAAUUAUUUCUAUCUAUGCGUAGAGGGAAAGUGACAGGCUUACUCGAUUGCCACCUUUGGCACUUAUUCGAAUCACCGGAGUGGUUCGUUGCCUAAUGCGAGCGAAUUGGCGGCAUCUGCGUCGCAGUUAGCGAAUGGGUCUCGUUGGUUGGCUUGGUUCGACGCUGUUAACGCCAAAAAAGUCUGGGCUACGAAAACCGCGCAAACAGCUUGCAAUAAACGGAACGACUAGUUGUCAGGCGUGUCCGAAGAAGCGAAAUAGAAUGAAAAGCGCAGCGUAAUAGCCUGUGACGUACAGUUGCAUGCAAACAGAAAAGCCGGCAAAGUAAACGAGCUCGCAAAGUCAAGACAAAAUGGGUGCGCAGAACCACUGACACUUCAAAGUUAAGCUUAUGCAGGCGCCUAAGAAGUUUCCCGA